AUGGUGGAAGAUGGUAUCUUCAAUACUGAGAUGGACACUUCUGUCAAGAUUGCGGCUUUGCAUGCUGUCAAGUCUGUUCAAGCAUCAGACGCUAUAGACGAGCAAGAGGAUCUCUUCAUGGAAGAUUUGCGUAUGGCUGCAUCUAAGGAUGCUUCAUAUGAAGAACUGCUUCAUCAUGUAAAGUCAGGGUUCCCCAAUGACCGCUACAACCUGCCAAGUACCCUGCGUCCGUACUGGAAAAUUCGCAAUGAGUUGUACAACGAUGGUGACUUGGUGCUGUAUGGACCUAGAGUGGUUGUCCCUGCUUCUUUACACCGUAGCAUCCUGGCUCGCCUGCAUGAUAGCCACUCUGGUGUGGAAGCUACAAAGCGUCGUGCACAGCAGACAGUCUUUUGGCCAGGCAUUAAUGCAGACAUAAGGAAUAUCGUUCGGUCCUCUGACUUUUUCAGUGUUGCUGGGAAACACUUUUUGGUGUAUGUUGACAGACUUUCUGGAUGGCCAGUUGUCAUCCCGUGUGGAAGUAAUGUAACAAGUGCUUCAUCGAUUAGAUUCUUUCGGUUCAUGUUCCAUGAUCUUGGUGUCCCCGUUCGCCUGCGCACCGACGGUGGACCCCAGUUCUCCAGCCGAGAAUUUGCUACAUUUCUUUAG